GCAGCACGAAUUGUCCAUGCAUAAGGGUUGUCUCCUAUGGGGAGAUAGGGUGAUAAUCCCAGCACCACUGAGAAACAGGGUUCUUGAGACGCUUCACAUGGGACACCCGGGAAUGGUCAGGAUGAAGUCGCUAGCCCGAUGUUAUGUGUGGUGGCCUGGAAUGGACCAGAACAUAGAACAAUGGGUACGAACAUGCAAGGCAUGCCAAGAGGUGCGGCCAGAAGUGGCCAGAGCACCAGUCCACUGGUGGGAGCAGUCCAGGACUCCCUGGAGCCGGCUGCACAUAGAUUUUGCUGGGCCAUUCCAAGGGAAGGUCUUUUUGGUUAUCGUUGAUGCAUAUUCCAAAUGGUUAGAAGUGGCGAUGGUCCCUAGCAUGGCAUCAGCUGCCGUAAUCAAGGUGUUGAGGCAGCUGUUUGCUACCCACGGGUUACCUGAGACCAUUGUAUCAGAUAAUGGGGCAGCUUUUGUAUCCCAAGAAUUCAGGGCAUUCUUGGCUGAUAACUUUAUAAGAGGGGUCACAUCCGCGCCCUUUCACCCAUCCUCCAAUGGGCAGGCUGAGCGCAUGGUAAGAACAGCCAAAGAAUCCAUUGCGCGCUUAAUGGAGGGUAACUGGUCGGCUCGCAUUGCGCGAAUGUUAUUUUUGCAGCAUGCGACGCCGUGUACUGCGACGGGCAAGUCGCCAGCCGAGCUGCUCUUAGGUAGAAGACUGGUAACGGUGCUGGAUUAUGUCCACCCAGAUAAAAUGCCAAACCGUAAUUCAAGAGCAACCCCCCAGGCUGAGACUGACACAACAAGGUAUCUCGCCCCUGAAGAUCUGGUCUGGGUGAGGAACUAUUCACGAGGUCCGCGGUGGGUGGCCGGUGUGAUCACCCGGGCUAGUGGACCUGUGUCCUAUUAUGUGACCUUGGAAAAUGGGCAAGUUUGGAAGAGACAUAUAGAUCAGCUGAGGCGCCGGGCGCUCAGCAGGGAGGAGUCAGAUAAUUCAUCCCUGGCUAAUGACGCACAGCUGCAAGACCAGAGUGAAAAUGGUCCAGAGGUACAGUCACCAGGGGCUUCAGCAAAUGAACCAGGGUCUGCUAGUCCUCAUGAUGACGAGGUACAGGUCGGGGACCCUGAGAUGUCUGGGACUCCAUCUGUUCCUGAUGAAACCCCUAUAGCAGCCCCUCCACCACAGGUAACACCCAAUCCAGAACCUGCAACACCUGUUGUCAGGAGAUCAGGUAGAAGUUGUAGGACCCCACAGUACCUGAGGGAUUACGUCUGCUGUGCUCACUAGGGGGGGAGGGGUGUUGUGUAUUGAGUCAAAGGAUUUUAUAUCUGUAUUAUUAUUGUCUGUAUUUGCAUUAGGAUAAAGUAACUGCCUUUUGGUUCCAGAGGGUACAGCUACUAUUGGUUCAUUUAAGCUGCUGUAUUUGGAUCCUCUGUCUUAUUGGUUUCCUCCAAAAGGCAGCACUGUGAUUGCUUGAUAUUGUUCCCUCCAAAAUGUAUCCCUUCCUAGCUAGUCCCCUGUCCCUAUAAAUGUAGCUUUCCUCUCCUCAGUCUUCAGUCUUGUUCACUUUAAUAAAGAGCUGUUACUAGAGAACUGUCUCCAGCAUGUUUUGUCAAGAGAGCUGAAAUCACA